AUGCACAUCAAGAGCCCAACUCUGAAUGGAUCCUUAAAGAAUUGUGCAGUAGAAGAAUUGAGGAAACAGGACUGCAACGUCAUCAUGUCUGAUCUCUACGCAAUGCAAUUUGAGCCAAGAGCAACAAGAAAUGACAUUAUUGGUUGCCUGCACAAAUCAGAACAUGUUGAUGAUGGAGUGGAAUCAUGGGAAGCUUACAAAAGAAGAUGCUUGGCCAGUGAUUUGAUUGAGGAACAGAGGAAGGUUCAAGAAGCUAAGUUAGUGAUUUUUCAGUUACCCUUGUAUUGGUUCAGCGUGCCUGCCAUCAUGAAAGACUGGAUGGACAGAGUCUUGGUCCAAGGAUUUUCUCACAACUUCCCACAGUGUUAUGAUGAUGGCUUGCUCAAGAUCCAGGACUAUUGUAUUUUUGUAAACCCUAAGCUCUUGGAGGCUACAGACAUGUCACUGGAAGAUAUUCACAUGAACACGCAGGACUUGCUGCAGAAAGAAGAACUAGAUGCUGGAGGGUUUGGAAUGGUUUCUUUAUGUUAUCACAAGAAAUAUGGGCUUGUGGUAUUAAAAACAGUGUAUACGGGACCCCAGCGCACAGAAUAUAAUGCUUCCCUUCUUGAAGAAGGAAAGAUUAUGCGCAAACUAAGUCACGAUCGGGUGGUGAAAUUACUAGGCAUCAUUCUGGAAGAUGGGAACUACUCUCUGGUGAUGGAGUAUGUGCACAAGGGAAACUUGAUGAAAGUACUUAAAACAUCCACUAUUCCCUUGUCUGUGAAAGGGCGGUUCAUCUUGGAGAUCGUUGAAGGAAUGCUUUAUUUAAAUGAGCAGAGUUUGGUACACAAAGACUUGAAACCAGAAAACAUCCUUGUAGACGAUGACUUUCACAUUAAGAUUGCAGAUCUUGGCGUCGCCUGCUUUAAAAACUGGAGUAGACUGACCAAAGAAGAGACCAGCCGGCAGAGGAAAAUCAAGAGCAAUUCCAAGAGCGCGUCCAGGAGCGCUGCUGGCACUCUUUUCUAUAUGGCCCCGGAGCACUUACUCUCAGUUAACACAAAACCUGUGGAGAAGUCAGAUGUUUACAGUUUUGGCAUAGUGCUCUGGGCAAUUUUUGCCAACAAAGAGCCAUAUGAAAAUGCUAUAAACGAAACACACAUUUGCUUUGGCAUCAUGAAUGGGAACAGGCCAAAUACAGAAGAUAUUAAAGACGGUUGUCCAAAGGAAAUUAUCGACUUAAUGAAGCACUGUUGGCAACAAGAGCCAGAAAAUCGGCCGACCUUUUCAGAAAUUAGUCAGAAAUAUAAGCCAUUUUACUGUGAGCAACUAGAAAAAGAUGUUGAAGCUGACUUGAGAAAGAUAAAGAAAGCGUACCCUGGGCCAACUGAACUUGUGAAAAGGAUGCAGUCCCUUCAGAUAGACUCUGUCGCAGAAUCUCCAAAUAACGGACAUGCACAAACAGAUCAGCCCAAUUCCCUACAUAGCUCUCAGGGUCUCAUGACUGGCAAUGUGGAUGAAGCCAUGUUUGCUCCCUUUCCAGCGAACCAGCCUGUCGAGAGCUGUGAGACCUCCUUUGAGGCCUCUAUUAGCCUAGAAAGAAAAUUGCAGGAUGAAUUAAAUUAUCAUAAGUAUGGCAGCCGGAUGGAUAAUUCAGAAAGCCAACCUCUGGUAUACAGUGCUGAAGAGAGAGAGGAGGAAAGAAGACGAAGGGUAUCCUUUGAUCCAUUUGCAACUCCACCUGCUGCUCCACAGAUGAAUGAAUUAUAUCUGAAAGCUGAAAGCACAGAAUCAAAAGCCAGUCCCUAUAGUAACAUAACCAAUUACAGUCAUUUACAGCAACCACCACCACCAGCAGCAGCUGCAGCAACUCCAACAUGGGAAAAUGUACCAUACAAUCCAAAUAUUAUGUGUGGGACAAGGCCUAUAGAUCCGAUAACAAGAUCUACAGAGGAUCUCUAUGGAUCAAAUUCAGCUAAUACAUUUAGUCUGAAUAAACCCCCUGUACCUGAAUCUGGCCUACACCAGCAGCCACAAGCAUCCACACCGUGGUUUCCAAAGAGCCCGAAUACAGAGACAGGCAAAAUGGAAUCCAAUCCUUUUAAGAAGGGGAAUUUUGCAUAUACUCCUACUACACCUGUACAACACAAAAUAAGCACAGAUGAAAAUGCAAAAUACACCAUAUAUAACAGUACCGGAAUUCAAAUUGGAGCCUACAAUCACAUGGAGAUUGAAGAACAGAAUCUGUACGUAAGCAGUGUUCCAGUCAACACGCAAAACACUUAUGCACAUUAUGAAAACAUGGGUAUAUUUGAUAACACCUCUAUCCUCUCUGAAAAACAGCUGAAUCUAGUGAGAGAGAACUUGGCUAAACAGUGGAAACACUGUGCUCGUAAACUGGGCUUUAGUGAGCCACAGAUUGAUGAAAUUGACCAUGACUACGAACGAGAUGGACUCAAAGAAAAAGUUUACCAAAUGCUGCAGAAAUGGGUUAUGAGUGAAGGCUACAAAGGGCCUACAGUAGGAAAGCUGGCCAGAGCCCUCUAUGACUGCAAGAGAAUAGAUCUCCUCAAUGAUUUGAUAAAAAUGAACCAGGAUUAGGAAGACUGGAACCUCAGUGGAAAUGGCUGUGUAUUUUAUCUGAAGAUCCUCUUACUGAGAACAUGAAACAAUCUUGUAAAAAUGCUGUAUGAAGGACACCUGUCUAGAAUAUGCACAUAUUUCUGUCAAGCAGUAUACAGUAUCCUUUAGCUUAAAGCGUUUAAUUUUUGAAAAGACAGGGCAACUAUGAAAAGCCUGUCCUCGGUGGGGAGAAGGAAAGGAAGCUCUUCCUUUUUACAGUGAAGAUAAUAGGUUAUCUAAUAAACUUUGUCCAAGCACAAUAAAAAGCUAAAACAAAAUCUGAAUUGUCUAUGAUAUGAGAAAUAACAUGGAAGAGACGGGAUUGGCAAGCGGGGGGAGAUUUGGAUCUAUUUUUUCACAGAACUUUUGGAUGGCUACCUCAAAGCAUGCACGUAGCUGUGUUUAAAGUGCCUUCAUUUCUGCCUAAAAGAAGCAUGGCAUUUAUGCAAAACUCACAUCAAUGGGAGUGUAUCAUGGAUAUCACACCGCAUUUAAGCCCUGGACUGAAAACAAAACCAAAUGCCUCAACUCUUCUAAGCACAGCCAAUAUCCACAGGAGAUCGUCAGACCUCGGAUUGCCUUAUAUUCAUCACCUUAUUUUUUUUAAAUGCUCUUUUUAUAACUUUAAUAAAAAAUAAAUUUUAUAAUAAAAAUACAGAAGUAUAAAAAGAUACAAAGUAUUGGUGUAAAAGCAAUAAUGAUUAUCAAGUAUAGAAACCACUGUGUAAAUUGACAUUAGAAGAAAUGUCUUCUCACAGGAUUAUAAUAAUGUAUUUUUAUUAUUUAUGUAGUUUUCAUUCUGUGAUGGGAGUAAAUUCAGGAAUGUAUGCAUUAUGAAAAGGGAAAGGAAAAAUAAUAUGUACCUAAGCCAAAGCAAAGACUUUGAAACUUGGAAAGUUUGGAAAAUCAGGCAUUUCAUCUCAGGUUAAUUAACCAGAAAUGGAGGCAUGAACUUUCUAGUCACACUGGAGAUAGAGCAUACAAAUUACAGACUUUCUUGGAGUAUGGACCCACAAGGAAAAAUUAUUGGCCCACAAAUUUGCAUGCACUAACUAAGAAUAAUUAGACCAAACUACUCCUUCGUUGAAGGGCAGUGUCUGUGACCUGAACCAAAACCACAAAUAUAUGAACUUCCAUCAAAGUUUUUGGAUCAGAUAAUUCUCCUUUUGGCUGUUGAAAAGUGACAAAAAUAAUUAUCCUAUCAUGACAAAAAAGCUAAUACGAAUUCUAAUAAGUCUUAACAGGCUUUGAACCCCACUACCUUUGAAAUAAGAAGUGGACAUACUCUGCAAUUGGAGGUGUGAUUGCAGCAUGGCUAGGCCUACCCAUGCUAGUUUUAAUCUAGCUAACCUAACUAAAAAUAGCAGUGUAAAUGUAGUAGCACAGGCUUCAGUGCAGACUAGCAAUGCGAGUAUGUACCCAAGUUCCCUGGGGUGCUCAUACAGCCCAUGCUGAAGCCAGUGCAUCUUCACUACUGUUUUUAGUCAUGUUAGCGAAAUUAACUUGUGGUGCAAUCACACCUGAUUGCAGGGUAGACAUAUCCUUCGCUACACAACCUUUGAUUAGUUGCCCUGGAAAUGUAUUGCGUUAAUUUAUAGUUUUCAAUUGGCAAUGUGCUGACCGUUCUAUCGUUUGUGAAUAGAGCUCCAUUCUUGAGUAAAUGAGACUAAAACUCAUAGGAAACUCAAGAAUUUCAGCUUGUGGCAUUUCCUACCAUCGUAUUUGCUGGGUGUUGUUUGUCUAACUUCUAUCCCUGCUAAAAAGGAGCAGUCUUCUACCCACUUAACAUUUAGCUUCCUUAGGGUCCACGUGGAUCUCCCUGGACUCUGUUCUGCUGUCCAACCCCACCCAUGCCAGCUGCCUUCCAACUCCCAGGAGCAGGAUCCCUCCUAGGGACACAGGCAAGCCAAGCCAACACAAGAGCGAAUUUGUGCACUAUAUUGUGCAAGACAAAACUUUGGUUUCAGAAAAAUUAUGUAGGGCCCAAAGGCUGACACACAAAACAGGGACAACCCAGUAAAACCAGGAUGUCCACUCAAGGAAUCAUAUUGGGGAAAAUAAAUAAAAAUUAUGAUACACUUCUACGUUCUGCCCACAAGCCAGACUCCUGUCACCCGAAGGAAAACCAUAGCAAUACUGUAUAACAAGAUAAUUCCUUCUUUCUUGCACACAGUGACCAAUGCCAAAAUAAUUCUCCAUGUUUACAUGUAAAUGUUAUUGUUAGGCUUCAGAAGUAACACCUUGCAAUGAAUGGGGCAGUUCACUUCUCUAACUGUUUCAGUAUCUCUGUUUCAGUAUCUCUGCAGGCUUGAGCAGAUAUCACUGCAUUAGUUACACUUGUUUUCAAUCUUUGACUUUGCAACCAUAAAGGCUAAAGGCCAAAUUUUCAGGGGUGCUGAACAUGAGAUCUGGUGAAAAAACCUGACUUUUUCCAUGAAAAUUGUUCAAAGUUUUUUGUGGAAAAAUUUAAGAGAAAUUAAAACAAAAAAUUAAAUUAGCUCUUUGAGGCCCUGCUGCUUCUAUUGAAGCCAGUAGGAGUCGGAGGGUGUGCAGCACCUCUGAAAAUUUGGUCCUCAAGGCUUCAUUCUGCAUUGGAAGAUAAUGUGAGACUUAGAGCUUGUCCAAACACAGAAGUUGCAGAUAUAACUUAGAUCAGUUUAAAAAAACAGUUUCAUUAACCCCAGGCAAGCACCUGUGCAGACACUCAUAAGACUAGCUUGUGCCUGUAAAUAUAGGGCUUUUCUACACAAAGAGCUGCACCAUUUAAUUAAAAGCAUAGGUUUUAAACUGAUUUAGUUACACUGAUGCAAAAGGCUGUGUGGAGAUGCUUAUUUCAGUUGACCUCAACCUAUUUUGGUUUAUCUACGGCCUGGUCUGCAUAGAGGUUUUGUACCUGUAUAACUAUAUCAAAGACAGGCCAGUCCUCGCUUAUAGCCCCCCAACCUGAAGCAAAUACUCACCAGCAACCACACACCACAGAACAAAAACGCUAACCCAGGAACCUUGCAACAACAAAGCCCGUUGCCAACU